UGUCAUCUGCGCGCGAAUCUGGCGACUCGGGCGGGGGCGCGUCGCGCGAGAACCAGUGCGCUGUGGUUAUAAUCGCACCUUGAUCCAGUGACUGUAAUAAUGCGUUUUAGAUGGAGGCACAGACACAGCUUCCUCAUGCUCUCCCAGACACACUCACCAGCCACGAGGAUGGAGAUGAACUGAUCUCGGAGCUGAAGCCUGUUUUCCAACCCCGGCUCUAUGGAUCACCUGGCUGUGAGACAUGGAGCGUGUGCUUCUCUCCGGACGGUACACGCUUUGCCUGGUCCGCGGGUUAUGGACUGGUGAGGGUGCUGCCAUGGCCUCUGCCUUCCAACCUUCAUGCUGCGGAUUCUAAGACUAAUGAGAAAAUGCUGGACUGUGGAGACACCGUGUGGGGCAUGGCAUUCGGGCCACGUGUCUCAAACCGGGCGAAAUCUGCCCGACCGUCUGUAAAAGGCCAAGAACUGUUGCUAGCAACAGGCCUCACUAACGGAACAAUCAAGGUGUGGGUCAUCUCCACUGGAAAGUUACUGUUCAAUCUGACUGGCCACCGGUCAGUCGUGAGAGAUUUGGUCUUCACUCCAAAUGGGAGUCUCACUCUUGUGUCAGCCUCCAGGGACAAAACUUUGAGAGUUUGGGACUUGGCAAAGAAAGGUCUACCAUCCCGUGUGCUCACCGGUCCAAACUACUGGGUGUUCAAAUGUUCUGUUUCUCCAGAUAGCAGUUUGAUUGCUUCAGUCUGUAACCUUGACACAAAAGUUUAUCUCUGGAGUCUUCGAUCCUUCACCUUCGUCAGGAACUUCAAAUAUGAUCAUGAGCGGUCCAUGGUGUCCUGUGAUUUCUCUGCCGAUGGAGCACUGCUUGCGGUUGGCUCUUAUUGUGCUGCGACAGGAUGGUGGCUGGACCUGUGGGAUCCCUACACUGCAGAUCACCUGAUUAAAGUGGAGGACUGUGAUCUGUGUGUGUGCAGAAAUGACAAUCUGCUGACGGCUUUGACGUUUUCUCCUGUAUUCCCGCAUCUGGCUUUCAAAGACUACAGGGCGUUACAGAUUUGGGACAUGGAACAAGACAAACUGGUUUUGGUGUCGGAUCGUAACCGGGUCAGCGGACUGUGCUGCGCGUUCCACCCAGGAGGCAGCGUCAUCGCUACAGGGUGUCGAGACGGACGUGUAAAGUUUUGGAGAGUUCCCCGCGUGGUCCCCAGUCUGCGACAUUUGUGUCGUACCACGCUCAGGUACUCGGUGUCCACCUUCCAGGUGCAGGCUUUACCACUCCCAAAGAAAAUCCUGGACUUCCUCACGUACAGAGACAUUACUAAGAAUAAGAUCCUGCGCUGCAGUGAGCAUUACAGCUGAUGAAGAGGAGCUUUUGGUUUGUGGCUGCU